CAGAAUUCAGAAGCGAGCAGACACAGACCGACCACACAAACUGUAAAACCUCUCUAAAACCUACAUCCCUCUUUCUCCCUCAAUUCUAUCCCAUAAUGCACAAACCUCUCCACAUUUUACCCUCCACCAAAAUCCCCUCCAUUUUCUCUUUCCACUAUCCCUUCUGUACCCCCAAUCCCCACCAGAAGCAACUCUCCCUCCAGACCCAUGUCAGCCCAGUGAAUUCAAUCAAGACGUCGGGAUAUUUUUCCGCAAUUGGCCGGGCGAUUGAGGAGGAAGAGGAGUACCGGAAAGCCCGAGCUUCUGUUACUAGGAAGGGUAUUGAUGUGGAAGGGUAUUCCAUCGAAGGGGUUUCUAUUGGAGGCAAUGAAACUUGUGUCAUAAUUCCUGAAUUGAAGUCUGCUUUCGAUAUUGGGAGGUGUCCCAGCAGGGCUAUUCAACAAAAUUUUGUUUUCAUCACUCAUGGCCAUCUUGAUCACAUUGGUGGGCUGCCCAUGUAUGUAGCCAGUCGUGGUUUAUACAACUUAAAGCCUCCAACAGUGUUUGUACCGCCAUCAAUCAAAGAAGAUGUUGAGAAGCUGUUUGAAAUUUAUAGGGCAAUGGGCCAAGUGGAACUAAACCUUGAUUUGGUAGCACUAGAUGUUGGUGAAACAUAUGAAUUGCGGAAUGACAUUGUUGUGAGACCUUUUAGAACUCACCAUGUUAUACCAAGCCAGGGUUAUGUCAUUUACUCUGUCAGAAAGAAGCUGAAGAAGCAAUACAUUCAUCUGAAAGGCAAACAGAUUGAGAAAUUGAAGAAAUCUGGUGUUGAGAUUACAGACAUUAUAUUGUCUCCAGAGGUGUCAUUUACUGGAGAUACUACAUCAGACUACAUGCUUGAUCCACGAAAUGCGGAUGCCUUGAGGGCAAAAAUUCUCAUAACUGAGGCAACUUUCCUUGAUGAAGGGUAUAGCAUUGAGCAUGCACGAGAGCAUGGUCACACUCACAUAUUUGAGAUCAUGGAACAUGCACAGUGGAUCCGGAGCAAGGCUGUCCUAUUAACCCAUUUCUCAUCCCGCUAUAACAUAGAGGAUAUUCAUCAAGCUGUUUCAAAGCUGCAGGCUAGAGUGUCGGCAAAGGUGGUCCCUCUAAUGGAAGGUUUCAAAUCAGUGUAUUCUUAAUUAUCUUCUGUUAGCAGAUAACAUAUCUGAGGGCAGUCUAGAAUCUCGGCAAAAGUGGUUCUUGGCUUUUCUAGAAAGUUCACUGGUUCUAAAUCCUUGAGGAAUGCGUGCACAAGAUCAUGCCGAUUUGGCCCAAGUUGAGAACAGCAGUAAAUUUCAGGUUUGGAUCUGCCUCAUCUCUAGAGUUCGUAAUAGUUGCAAUCUUUCUUGAAGAUGACAUGGGCAAGAGAAAAGAAAGAGUUAUGUUGAUUUAAUUCAUAGAUGAUGAGAUGAUAAGGAAGUUAAUAUGCUUUGUUACUUGAGUCUGAGACACAUGCAUACUAAUAUUCAUAUUUAUACGAGACUAUAUAGUCUAGGAGGAAUAAUGGUCUAUAUUAUCU